UGUGCUGGAAUUUUUUCGGAAGAUGUCUACUACCUCUGUAGAAACCAAUUGGGAAUACGGAGAACCCAAAAAAAAAAAGAAAAAAAAGGGACCGUCUUUGCUGUUUUGCUCAUUUCUUACGCAGUUCUAGUUUCUUCUGAGGAGUGAUUGGAUCGUGGGAUUCCAUUGUGACAGUCUCCGUGAAAGAUUGUUCCGGCAGUACUCUAAUUGAAUGCCGUGAUGAUUCUGAGGAAGGAGUUGUGCCGAAUCCUCCUGCGGGACAUCGACUUUUGGAGCAUGUCUGCUAGGUUUUAUAGCUCAAAAGGGGACUUGAGGAAGCUGCGGCCGAUGAUACUGAAGAGGAUCGAGAACAGAGCCAAGGACUACCCUGUUCCAGCCAUGGUUCCAGUGGCUCAGGAUGUCCUGAAGGCCAGAGGUCUGCUCAUUCAAGGCGUCUCUGUCCUCCUCAAAGUGUUCCGGGUUACAGCCUGCAAGUUCUGCUCUGAGGUGUAUAUUGGUGAGAAAGGCCAUCUGAUUCAGACUUGCCAUGGCUACAGGCGCCGUGGCAAGAACCGGGUCCACGAAUGGAUCUAUGGUGGCAUAAACGAUAUACUCGUCCCGGUGGAGACAUUUCACCUUCAUAACAUGUUCCAAGAUGUUAUAGAGCACCAUCAGCGCUUCGACUUCCCUCGGAUCCCUGCAGUCAUGGAGCUGUGUUACCAGGCUGGAGCGGAACCACAGGAAGAGAAAACUCUGUAUUCAAGCUCUAUUAGCUCUGCUGGGGCCCACACUGAUAAUAUUGAAGUUGAGUCUUUGUCAGAUUAUGAUCUUAGCUUGAUAGCAAAUGGGACUCUGAAGGCAUGGGAAAUGGUCAGAUCAGGCGUGAGGAAGCUACUCAUGGCUUAUCCUGCAAAGGUCUGCAAGUACUGCUCAGAGGUUCACGUGGGACCAUCGGGGCACAAGGCACGGCUCUGUGGGGUGUUCAAGUAUGAGAGCUGGCGAGGGCCCCAUUUUUGGAGGAAGGCCAAGGUGGAUGAUCUGGUGCCUCAAAAGAUUGUGUGGUACAGGCGGCCCCAGGAUCCUCCGGUGCUUGUGGACCAAGGACGGGAUUUCUAUGGGCAUGCACCCGCGGUUGUGGCCCUUUGUGUUCAGGCUGGUGCAGUUCCUCCCGUGAAGUACAACUGCAUCAUGAAGGUUCAAGGCUUAUCCGGUCCUAGUUGAGGAAUACUUAGAACUAACUCGCGUCAAGUGGCGACUGGCAGAGCCUGCUUUAGGGAACUUAUACAGGGCAAUAGCCACAUAAUGUAUGGCCUCAUCUUACUCGGGAUUCUCAAGCUCAAGCAGUCGGUGCACAUUCAACAUCCUGUUAUGGUUCAUUUGUACUUUGAAAAUGAAGCUGGUGGUGGAGGUUGUGACAGGACGGCUCUUUUAUGUCGAGGUGCCUGAUGAUGCCAAGGUAUCUGAUCUCAAGAGGGAAAUCAGCCAGCAGGAAGAGCUUCCCCUUGAACGUCUCAUCCUACUCCUGGACAUUGGUGCGGACAACAGAUUGAUCAAGGAUGAAGAGGAUGAAAUGGCCUUGGUUGAUCUCGGGUUCCGGGAUGGCUCUCACGUGUACCUUUUCUUCACAACCAUUGAAUUGCCCUCUGAUGAUGACCAAUCGGUCGCAAAACUUUUUAAAGAUUUUCGAUGAUUCGUAACUGAUAGCAAUCAGUUAGACGUUGAAUAAUAUAUUCUUCUCGUAUUGUUCCA